AUGGAUGAGGAAGGAAAACUACCACUGAAACGAGUCGAGUUAUCAUUGUCUAAGUUCAAUGAAGUUGCAAUCCCUCAUCACUUAGACCUAUUGCGACAACACAAAGCCAAUAUUCUAAAGUAUGAGGAAACAGGUGACUACAGUCGUGUCCGAUGUGAACAAGUACAUGCGCGUCGCGUGUCAUCUCAACUGCGAGCAUUGCUCGGUGAGAUGGAGGCUCUUAGAAGGCAGGUGUGCUGUGCUGAUCGAGCUCGUUUUGACAAACUCACACAACACUCCAGAGACCUCACCUUGAAAGCAAUAAUGGACUAUCUGGGUGUUAUAGAGAGGAGUUGCAUUGCAAUAGUAGAGUCGAACCAAACACGAGCAUCUGCCUGCGAGACGACUCCCCUGUCCGUAAAUCGUCCGGCGACGGAUGAUGGCAUGGAGUCCGGCAGCCUGGCGUCCACGGACUCCGUCGGCAUAGUCCCGGAGCAGGUGCAGCUGCGAGUGGAGCCAGACGCGAGCAUGUCGCUACGGGAACGCGAAGCUGUGUUGGCGGGUUGGAGCGCGCUGCAGAGCGAGGUGAGGGCUCUGCACGAGGCUUGGCAGAGUGUGCAGGCCGCCGCUCUGCGCCAGAGGCGGCCCCUGGAAGCCGCCGCCGACGGCGUCGAGGUCGCGGCCGACGCCGUGGGCGACGCGCGAACGCAUCUGGCGCUCGCCGAAAGGCUGCGAGCGGGCAUGUACGGAGCUGGAGGCGCGUUGGCCGGCGCCGCCCUGUUUGGCCCCGCGGGGCUGCUGCUGGGGGCGAAGGCCGGCGCCGCGGCGGUAGUGGCCGGCUCCGCGCUCGGCUACCUCGCCGCCGCCGUAGUGGGGCGCCGUCGCCGGGCGCAGAUCGACGAGCGGCCGCCCGAUAAGGGUCAAUAG